AUGGACGUCCAGCUAUAUGUCUAUGACUUGUCAAAGGGUCUGGCACGAAUGUACUCGGCUGUUUUGACAGGUACGCAGAUGGAUGCCAUCUAUCAUACAUCCAUCGUGCUCAAUGGCGUUGAAUAUUACUUCGGCCAAGGUAUCCAGACUGCAGUUCCAGGCACAACUCAUCAUGGCCAGCCCAUGGAAGUCGAAUCAUUGGGUACUACUGAACUACCUAAUGAAGUUGUUGAAGAAUACUUGGGCUCGUUGGCUAGCAUCUACACCCCUGAGUCUUAUGAUCUCUUUCUUCACAAUUGCAACAACUUUACACAGGAUCUUUCGAUGUUCCUUGUUGGCAAAUCUAUUCCAGAGCACAUCCGCAAUUUACCUCAAACAUUCCUUGAAACUCCGUUUGGGCAAAUGAUGAAACCCCAAAUCGAGAUGGCUCUCAAAGGCGUCACCCAGGGCACCGGCCAAAUGGGAGUUCCUGGUCCAAGUGCUCAACCAUCAACAGUGAGGGCUCCCCAUGCUGCAACCCAACCGAUUGCCCGACCAGCUCACCCCCAUCGCCAACUACGACUUCCCAGCCUCCAGCGCGAUAUCAAGAACUUUGUCACGUACAAGAAGGCUCCGCCGCUUGAAAAGCUCAUCCAGAAACUACCAGCUGAAUUCCAAGAAGCACAAAGCGUUGCGGAGAUUAUUGAAUUUGUCAAGCUUCGUCACUCUGCGACACCGGUAGCCGAUAUCCGUGUCCCCGACUUGCACUCAUUCGCAACGACCUUGAAGCUCAAAUACUCGACGCUACCUAGCGGCAGUCAUUUCGCAGUGGUUGAUUUGGUACGUCUACUACUGCUCGACCCACGUGUGAGCGGCUACUUCGCCGAAGAAGCGCAACACGAAACUCUCCUCACCCUGCUUGACCCGCUCUCCCAAGAUGAUACCGCCUCCUGCCCAUACAAUCUACGUAUCGUGGCUCUACAACUGGCCUGCAAUCUCUUCAGCACUCCUCUCUACCCAGACCAACUCACCUCAUCUUCAUCCCCGCUACGCGAGACCUGUCUCCGCCUCGCAACCAACUCCCUUUUAGACUCACAGACCAGCCUCCGUGUCGUUGCAGCAUCCUUUGCAUAUAACCUUGCAUCAUUCAACCACAACUCACGCUUCAAUAAUAAGCCUGAUCCUAUCUCUGAAGAAGAUCAGGUCGAGCUGACAGCCUCCCUGCUUGAGGCGGUCAUUCGCGAGGAGGAGAGUGUUGAAUCAUUGCAUGGGCUGUUGUUCGCACUCGGGUUGCUUGUCUAUGAAGCCCCGAUGGACGGAUCUCUGAUUGAUCUCUGUCGUGCCAUGAGUGUGCCGGAGACGAUUUCUGCAAAGAUGAACAUCCAUGCUGUACAAAAAGAGCCUCUACUAAAAGAGAUCGGAGAAGAGUUGUUUGGAAAGGGUCUGUGA